UCCAAACUCACCCAACCGGUCGGGUCCCCAUAGAAACCGGGCAGCUCGAAAAGAAUGCGCACGGGAAGGGUGCCCGAAGAUACAAAGGCGGUGUUUUUUAAAUAAAAAUAAACCCGGACUGCGGUCACGCUGUGACAACCAAACUGGGCUCCCUCGAUGGCCUCUCGGUGUGCUGUGAAGAAAGGCCAUUGGCCCGAAACGUCGCCUAUUUAAUACUUCAUCUUGCAGUGUUGUUGCUUUUUGUGCGGCGCACUGCCAACGGCGGCCAGUAUUCGCCGACUAGCAAACUUAUUUUAAGAGUGUAACAAACCGGGCAAGCGUGUGCGCGUGUGUCAGUCGGGUGUCAAUUCCACGGCUCACGCGCUCGACACACCUGCGUGGCAUUGGGGUCACCUUCGUGCCACUGGGGGUCACCUGCGUGGCACGGGGUCACCUGCGUGGAACUGGGGUCAGCUGCGUGGAACUGGGGUCAACUCCGUGGCAUUAGGGUCACCUGGCGGCGAUAAUGGCCGCGUGGCUGUGCGCGCGGCCCGCGAGGACUUGGCGCCUGUGCCUGGCGCUGUCGGUGCUCGGCGCGGCCCUGCAGGUCGUGUACGUGUGGCUUGCCUUGCCGGCCCAGACCCCGUCUGUGCGGCCAGGCAGCCAGAGCCCUGCAGCUCCACUCAACCCAAGGGGACCCCGAAUGGAGACCCAGCGAAUGGGAGCGCCCUGGCAGAUGGACACGGCUCCCGCAUCUCACGCGCACACGGCCGAAUGGCAGCACUGCGGGGAGCUAGGGAUAGGCGGUCCAGAUCCCCUCGAGUCCCCCUGGCCCCAGGCCCGCUGCCGACCCCGGGAAACGACCCCCGAGGUGUGCGAGGUCCUCCGAGAACUCUUCAGUAACAAGACUCCUGCGUCGUGUCACCACCAGCGCAGGCGCGACAUCUGUGUGCUGCACAACGCCUCCUCCAGCUCGCCGCACGUAGUGUGCGCCGACGGCUUAUGCAGCCGCACCACCCCGGUGUCGCUCGGGCUGUAUCGCGAGGCCGCAGCCGCCUACCGCUGGUUGGACUUCGAGGUGGCCACGCAGGCGGCGGCCUUCAUCAACGCUGACCUCCUGCCCCGAGGCCACGGGGCUCCCCACCCGGGCUUCUGCCUCCUGCGCUGCGUGACCGCCAGAGACAGGCGGCAGAUCACACAGCUGCUCAUCCUCCCGCCGGCCCUUCGGCGAGCCCCAAGGAAGACAGCGGACGGCGAGGACCAGGAGGACAAGGGGAAGGAGGAGAAAGACGCAGAAGGGGAGGGUGAUUCAGAGGAGGAGGCUGUUGCUGGAGAGAGUGUUAAUAGCACCGAUGCAGGAGAGAGACUGACAGAAUCGGGCGAUGUGCCUGGUCGGUCGCCCGCUGUCAUCAGUGUGAACGUGCUGCUGCUGGACUCCGUGUCCCGGCACCACUUCUACCGCUCGCUACCCAAGACUGUGGCGGAAUUCCGACGCUUGAAUGAGCAUGGCUUCAAGCGAGGCGGCCGGGUGCUCGACUUCCAGCUGCUGCAGGGCAUCAAGAGCCGCACCCAGGAGUCCCUGCAGGCGCUACUGGCCGGGGAGGUUAACGAGGCAGCGGGGGCCGACGCCACCGUGCGCUCCGAGCGCGUUUUCCGGCACUACAAGCGGCACGGCUACGAGACGCUGUACCUCGAGGACAUGUGCUGGCUCUGGGACUGGGGGCUCGUCCGGGAGCUCGGUGUGCGGCCACCCGGGCCCGACACGGUGCGGCGCAGGCGGCGGCGCUUCCGGAAGGCGCUGACCCGGGCUGGCAUCGACAGGGUCGACGUCUCCUACAGCAGCUGCGUCGUGCUGGCCGAGAACGGCGUGCGUGACGUAUUCCACGGCCCCGACGCCGUCUGCUUCAAUGGCCUCCACCAUCACGCCUACCUUCUGCGCUAUGUGACCUACUUUGUGGCGAGCUUCGCGGCACUCGGCCGCCCGGUGCUGAGCUUUACGAUCCUGGACACGGCGCACGAGGACACGGGCCUACGCCUGCAGGGCCUGGACGCCGACCUGGCGGAGCACGUGCGCUUCCUCGCGCGCCCCGACAGUACCACCUUCUCGCUCAUCCUGGCUGACCACGGCAACACGUACGGCCGCCUGGAGGAGAGCUCGCCUGCCCAGGCAUGGCUGGAGACCUUCCAGCCGGCGUUUUUUGCAGUGGUGCCCGACGCCGUGGCACAGGAGCUGGGAGCCGAUGCGAUGCGCGCCCUGGGCGUGAAUCAGCGUAGGUUGGUCAGCCUGCUGGAUGUCCACCAAACCCUGCGGGCUCUCGCCGAGCACCCGACCGUGCCAGCUGACGCAGGCGACCUGAGACUCCAGCAGCGCCAUGGCAUCAACAGGGACGGCCUUUUGAGUGCCGUGCCCGCGGGCAGGACGUGUGAAGAUGUACCGAGGAUCCAACCAAACGUGUGCAUCUGCCGCAGCGACCACGGUCCGCAGAACAAUGACUCCUACUUCGCCAUGUUCGCCGAGGUCGCCUUGAUGCGCAUGAAUGAGAUUCUGUUUGCACAGCAGCAGCAGGUUGACCCUUGGAGCCCUGGUCAAACUGUUCCAGGCUUGUGCCAGAGGCUGGUUGCUCUCUGGUUCGACAAUGUCCAAACCGAGCAAGGGUCAGCGAGUGAGGUAGACGUGAGUGGGGACAGCAAUUCCUUCACCGACGCAAUGGUCAGGAUGGACAUUUACGUGCGGCCGGGCCUGUCGAAUGGUCUGCCAGUGACUUCUCGUGAGAAAUUUGCGGUGUCCGUUUUGCUGACGCCAGGCGGCGGUGCAGCCGUGCGCUACGAGCGGCUCACGCCAUUCAGCCGCUACGCGCAGUGCGCGCACCCGAGGGUAGACCCCCGCCUGUGCGUGUGCGACUCUUAUCGUCAUGAUCCGUCCCAUUUCCCCAAACCAUCCCUGGCUGCUGCUGCUCUAGAGUUGAUGGCAGAGGACAUGUUGAGUGCUCGUACAGAGAGGACAGGGUGUGCUCGUGGUGGGUGCUUGUGCCUGUUUAAGAGGCAGCGUGUUUCCGGUGUGGCCCUGGAGGUGGUUAACGCUUGCAAGCUCCCUUACGCCCUCUCGCUCAGCGUGGAGGUGCAGAACUUGGUGGUGGUGGCGGCAGCGGCUGGAGUGGCUCUCACCACGGAGCCCCGAGCGAGCGGCCAAGUGCCUGUGCCGCCAGGCACGGUACGCACCUUGCUGGUGGCGGUGCAGGGAGACCGAGACCGCUCGUGGCAGUACAAGUACAACAUCAGCUACGUGGCACUGGGAGCCACGUGAAUGUUGAUGCAAUGACCACGCACAACCAUAUGGCGCUACAAUGCACGGGGUCUUGUUUGCAUCUUGGUAAAGAUUAUUUUUGGGCAGAAAAAUGUACAUUUGUCUCCACCAUCAACAAUUAGGCUAAUGAUGAUGGUUCAUGUGCUAUAGCCAUUACAUCAUGAUCUGAUUACAGUUCAUCAGCUUGCAUUGGACCUAUAGAGUAACACAUUACUCUAUAGGUCCAACACUCGACUGACAAAUUUUCAUUGGACCAAUACACCUGCUCAGGACCCACAAUAACAUAGCCAGAAAUCUUACAUUGGUCCUACAUCGGACCCACUGAUUUAUAUAGGGCCUUUUUUAUAUAUAUAUUUUUUUAUAAAUGACAGCACUCAUACUUUAGUUAUUGGAUACAUACAUACAUGACAGUUAUACUUUCACAAUGUAAGUUACAGCUAAUUUAUUCUGAACAAUUUUCAAGUGUAAUUAAAUGUGCUAUAUUUAUUGAACUUCAUGAAAAAAAAUCAAUCCUGGUCUUUUAUCCCUCCAGCACUACACACACAUGAGUGUAAUAGAAAGGGCACUAAUACUCUAAUAGCAUUAAUAAUGAUGUUUAUUUACUGGGUAAAGAAUCUUUUUCUGGAGAUUCCUAGAUUGAGAUGUUUGGCAAAUUGUGUUAAUGAGUCUUUGGCAUGUGGGAGAAAACCAGAGAACCUGGAGAAAUCCCACACGUGCAAUGAGGCAACUCAGCUGUCCACAGAUUCAAAUUUGUUUUCUGUGCUACAAUCCGCUCUCCACAUUGCAACUUAAGCCACCAACAACACCUGGUAUUCCCAGCCAGGCUCCUAUGCAAGUACCAACCAGGCUUAACUCUGCUUAGAGGUGGACAUCUGUAAAAUCAACUCGCUGUUCAUGGAUUUAGUGCUCUUAACAUUCCCCAAGUUUCAAUAAAAAUGUGUUUGCUGUAAGUGCUGUUUAUUCGAGUGUAGUGGGUUUGUAAAAUCAAUACAAUGUUAAAAAUCCAUUUUUAAAAAUCCUACUCAAGAUCAGUAAAUGUAACUACAUUUCCACGCGGUAUAUAUUUUUAGGAGUGUAUUUCUCAUUGAUUUAUCGCUGAGGUAUCAAAAAAAAUCCGUCUUUGAAUGUCUUAUUUUUUAAACUAGAGGGGCUUUUAAGAAAUAAAAAAAAUUAGGUACGUAUUCUUACAUGUA